AUGGCGGACGCAAUGAACGUCGGCGUGAAUUUAGAAGCAUUUUCUCAAGCAAUAAAUGCUAUUCAGGCACUUCGUUCGAGUGUAACAAGGGUUUUUGACUCUCUGAAAGAUGGGAUGAAAAACAAAGAAACCCUUGAAGGACGCGAAAAGGUUUUUAUUACCGAGUUUCAAGAUAACCUGCAGUCUGUAAAUCGCGACUUGAAGUGAGUAACGUUCGUUAGCCGUAGCUAACGUUAGCUGUAAACAGAGGAAUAUGCGAAAUAUUUGCUGUAAAUAGACAAGAUAGCGUGCUAUUUAGUUAUAGUCCGUGAGGAAUGAAUGUAUUACUAAAAAGUUAUGUCCAGCUAACGUUAGCUAGUAUACAUUACUUGUUGAAAUAUAAAUGGUGUGUGUAUAUGUAACGUUAGCCUAGCUUGUGUGAGCGCAAGCGCAAUUAAUAAUAAUAAUAUUUAUUUAUAUAGCGCUUUUCAUUACAAAGAUAAUAAAAGGCUGUGCGUGAUGAUGUAGUGUACGUUAAAAAAAAAACUUUCCCAUCUACUGAUUACAAAAAAUACAAGUUAAAUGGGUUUCCAUCGCAUUUUCAACUCUAUUGAUGAAUGUUACAUUAUAUAGUGAGUGCCCACUGCUAUUGGCACGUGCGCUGUAGCCAACAGCGCCAUAUAGCCUACAUGAUAAGAUUAUUAUGGACAAAGGAGUGGGAUUAUUUGUAUUUGUCAAACGGCAGCAAGCAUCGAUCAUCAUGUCACCAGAAUAAGACCCUCAAUAUUUAUUGGAAAGUAGCAUCAAGCUCAUCACCGUGCACUUUCACCACACUGUGAAGUUCAUCAUAAUUGAUUCAGUCUGUAGCCUAAUAACAUUUACAUUUACGUAAUUUAGCAGACGCUCUUAUCCAGAGCGACUUACAGUUAGUGAGUGCAUACAUUAUAGUUACUUUAUUUUUUAUUUUUUUUAUACCCCCCGUGGGAAUCGAACCCACAACCCUGGCGUUGCAAACGCCAUGCUCUACCAACUGCAUGCUAAUAAACUGCAUGCUUUCCCAACGAGUCUAGUGGGAGGACCACACGUCAUCACGUGACUCCAAGUUUACUUUGAUAUGAUGGUUAUUAUAUCAAUAUUUGCGCAUAAAAGCUUUCCACCAACAUUUCUCGCAUAAUUCAUUUUACAGACACAAAAAUAUAUCACAUUGUCUAGCAUAUUAUUUUUUGUAGACAUUUGGAAAGUUUACCAACAAAAAUUAUGUUUCCAUCAGGCCUGUCAUGACAUUUUGUAUCCGACUUACUUUACUCACAUAAAAGGGUGGAUGGAAACCUGGUUUUUGUGAAACAUUUGUUGCGCUAGCUAGGUACUAUUGAUAUGAAGGACUCUAAGAUACAUGUUAAUCUCCCACAAAGGAAUAUGCUGUAAUAUGCAGCAAUGCUGUAAAAUCUAGAUUAUGUUUUGUGCACUACUUUGCAUAUUUAGCAAUGCUGUAGAACCGUGCACCUCUAAAACAAAAAACUGGUUUAAAAAUACGAGGAACUGUUGCAAAAGUAUUAAUAACAUCAGUUUUGUGAAAUAUGAACAGAAAAGCACUCUUAAUUGAAAAUAUUGGGCAUUUGCUAUGUGCAUGUUUUCUUUGGAUAGUCUAGUAAAUCUUAGAUGAUUAAGAUACAUGUGUAUGGAUACAGAUUCUGUAUUGUGAUGGCUCCUUUGUAGUGAAUAUAUACGGUUGUCUUUUUAUGGAUGUGUUAAAGUGAAAAACAAGCCUAUUCUAACAGCUGCUAUUCUAUGUACUUAUGUAGUGAAUUGGAACGCCUCAGUACCCUGGUUGGCAGACCUUCAGAGAGUCAUCCCCUUCACAACAGUGGCCUGCUGAGUCUGGACCCAGUUCAGGACAAGACUCCGCUGUACAGUCAGCUCCUUCAGGCUUACAAGUGGUCUAACAAG